AAGAGAAAAAAAAAGAGCUCAAUUAAAAAAAGUGAAAAAAGUAAUAUUAAAAAAAAGAAAGGAAAAGAUAGGAAUUUUUAAAUUUUUUGAUGUCACCAUUCCGCAAGGUAUAGUUCUAAACUAUGAGAGCCUACUUUCAUCAUUUUCAACGCACCGAAAGAUUGCUCAUACAUGUUUUUAUUAGCGUGGUGGGAUGUUACCCCUGUACGGCUCCUAAAAUCUUAUUUUGGCAUUCGCGGCGUACUUGAAAAUCACAUAUACACGCUUUUUUAUUACCGUGAUGAAUUGAGAACUUGGUACGAUGCCUACGGAGAGGCGGGGUUACUAAUAAGUACCAUCGACCAGGGGAAAGACAAGUAUAUUUUAAAAUAGGUACCCUUGAAGACCCCAUACACGCUUUUAUUAGCAUGAUGGGAAUGAAGAAUACGGGCGAUGUGUCAUAGGACACCUAUCAAAGACGCUUUUAUUAGCAUGGUGGAAAGGCCUAGACUCUUGUAGUUUUCUCCUAAAUGGGGGAGGCGCCAAUAGGCUACCAAAAUUUUUGGUGAAUAGGGAACUUGGACUUGGACUUGGAGUUGAAUUUGGUCGUGAGCUUGGACUUGAUGUGAACUUGAUUGAACAGUAGGAGACCUAAAUAAAUUCAUUUAGAACAAAACUUUAAAUGAUUAAUAUGAACUUGAACUAGAUACAACGGACUUGAACAUAUAUAGAGAACCGGCCCUUAGAACUUUAAAAUACAUUAAGGAGUUUGAAAAUAUAAAUGUUAAUUAGUGGUUCAAUAUACUCAAAUCAAUGAGAAUUUAAUUUGGAUAAUGAAUCAAAGGACUCAAAUGAACUCUAAAGAGCUUAAGUUUGAAUGAAGCACAUGGAACCAAACUUUGGUUGGAUGAAUGAGCAAUCAAAAUCUUGAUGCUUAAUGAAUGAAUCCUGCUCAUUGAAUCCUGAUGAGUUCGGAAAAGCUUUUGCAUCCUUAUCACCAACAACAAUCUAACUCCAAGAAGAUACAUCAAAGAGAAAGAUCAAAUACAAAUGAACAAUUAAGCAACUCAUGAAAGAUAGAGCUUUAGUUCACCUGAGUAGCGGGCUGUGAAAUCUAUCUCAAGUGAGGGUAAUGUUGACUAGCAAAGAAAAGAAGGCAUAGACAAAAUAUCAAGCAUACCAUUGAUGCUGGUUAACUUGUGAAGGAUAUAUAUGUUGUAUACACAUUUGGAAAGGAGCACCUAGUGAAUAUGACUCGCCUACAAUCAUGAAUUAGAGAGUUUGCAAUGAGGUGGUUUAUCCAUGAUAUAGGGAUGUCUAUAAUGUAAGGGACCACAAGAUAACAUACAAUGGGUAUGCUGAUUCUUUAAAAAGGUUCCUGAGGAAUAUGCUGAUUCAUUUAAAAGAUAAAUGCAACAGACUUAAUGACAUUCUCACAAUUAUUACCAAACAUAGAAAUAGAUGUAUUGAACUCAACAAGAAAAGAAAAUUAAAGGGAAUGUAUAUUGUGGUUGCGAGAGAUAUAGUUGUUUUGCUUGAAGACAGUGAAGUAGAGUCUUUGGGCCAUGCGGCCAGGUAUUUCUUUAAAUAACAAAUUUUGUUGUUUUGCUUGAAGACAGUGAAGUAGAGUCUUUGGGAAAGCAUGAAGUGUUUGAUAAAUCGAAGGACAUGGAUUUGGAAAUAGAUGAUUCAGGUGCUGUGAAUAAAGGCACAUCUUGCUUCAGUGGUUCUACUAAAAUUAAACUUGCCAAAGAGUUGAAAUCUUUGGGGCCAUUAGAUCCAGAUCACAAGAAGAAGAAGAGGGAUGGAAGGAUGAAUUUCAUAAAUAGGGAGGGAUCCCCUGCACUAUCAUAAUGUCUUCGUUACUAUUUUGGAAUUGCAGAGGGGUUAGGAAGAAAGAGGCCGCUCUAUAUUUGAAAGAGGUUGUUAGAGAUCAAGACAUUUUCUUUGUUGGACCAAUGGAGACCAACAUGACAGGUAUUGAUAGAAAGGAUGUUGAUGGCCUUACUGGGAAGGAUUGGCAGUAUUUCCAUUUUCCCGUUGUUGGUCUGUCUGGGGGUAUUUUGGUGCUUUGGAAUAAGAAGGUUGUGACUUUUGUGGUCAAAGAGACUUCUUCCCAAAUAAUAGUUGGGGGUCUCUUUAUCCCUAACUUGGGAUUGUGGAAGGUUGUUACAGUGUAUGGAAGAAGAUGUUGUAAGGAGAGGGAGAGCCUUUGGAGCCAACUUGGAAGUUGUAUGGAGAAUUAUAUUCCUUCUAUUAUUUGUGGGGAUUUCAAUUGUGUUUUGAACAAAGAGGAGAAGAGAGGUGGUAAGAGGUUCCUUUUUUCUAAAGGUCCCAGAGAUAUGAAGUGUUUUAUGAUGAAUUUUGAUUUCAAUUAUGUGGGUAACAUUGGACCAAGGUUCACUUGGUGCAAUAACAAGGAAGGAGCUUCCCAGAUUUGGGAAAGGCUAGAUAGAUGUAUUCUGAAUUCGGCCACCCUUCAAAAGCUUCCUGUAGCUGUUACUAGACAUUUAGCAAGAGUGGCAUCGGAUCACAUUCCUAUUGCCUUCAAGAUAGAUGAAAAGGUGUGUCCCAAAUCUAAAACCAUCAAAUUUGAGGAUACUUCAAGAUCUUAUCCAGCAGCUAAAAGUAUUGUGUACCAUUCUUGGAAGAAGAAUGAUUUUGGAGAUGAAGUUAUGAUUCUACAAAGGAAGAUUAGUAGAACUUUAAAGGCACUAUUUUUUUGGAGUAGAAACAAGUGCAAAGACUUGAAUAUGUUGAAGGAAGAAUUGAAAAAGGAGAUUUUGGCUCUCUAAAAUAAGGAAGCCGUGGGAAUUGAUUGGACAAAUGAUGAUCUUCUUUUACUUAGAAGCAAAAUCCAUGAUCUUAAUGUGACUUUGAGAAGAUUGUCCACUUGGUGGAAUCAAAGGGAAAAAGCAAGAUGGCAUGAAGAAGGAGAUAUAAACUCAAAACUGUUUCAUAGUUUUGCUACGGCAAGAAGGAAUAGCAAUAGAGUGAAUCAAAUUAAAGAUAUGCAUAAUAAGGUGUAAGUUGAAGAUGAUAAAAUUGAGCAGGUUUUCAUUCAGUAUUUUGAAGCAAAAUGGAAAUCUAGAGAAUGCGAAUUAUUGGGCUGGCCAGAGAUUCUUGAGCACCAGAAACUGACUCCUAAGGAGGUUGCAGCCCUUAACAUUGAAUUUUCGGUGAAUGAAUUACAGCAGCCAAUCUUUCAGCAAGGGAGUAAUAGAUCACCAGGUAUGGAUGGACUCACUUCCUCUUUUUACAAAUGCUAUUGGGAUAUUGUUUGGAAAGAUCUUUGGAAUGCUAUUAAGUGUUUUCUAGUUUCUGGCCGAAUGAGAACGGAUUGGAAGGAUACUCUCAUAGUUCUGAUUGCUAAGGUGAAUAACCCUUUGAUUCCAUCCAAUUACAGGCCUAUUAGUCUAUGCCAGAUGAAUAACAAGAUUGUGGCUACAAUGCUAGUUAAUAGAUUGAAAACUAGUAUUCCCAAAAUGAUUACUGAAGAACAAAUGGCCUUCAUCCCGGGAAGAUCAAUUUCAGAGCAUUGUCUUCUGGCUCAGGAGAUAUUUCACAAGUUCAAAAUCUCCAAAAAUAAAAAGGGGCUGAUGGCUUUGAAGUUGGACAUGGAGUAAGCAUAUGAUAGCAUGGGGUGGCCAACACUUGGUCAAAUUCUGAAAUGGUAUGGCUUUCCUCCUAUGUAUUUUAACCUUGUUAUGAAAUGUGUUGUAGAUGUGAGAUUUACCAUUAUUGUUAAUGGAAAGAAUUCCAAGUGGAUCAAUACUCAUAGUGGAUUCCGUCAAGGGUGUCCACUCUCUCCUUACCUUUACAUCAUGUGCUCUCAAUUGAUGUCCAACUCUCUAGAGCAAAGGGGUCAAAAUCUUGGCAUACAACUCUCUCCUAGAGGGCCAAAGAUCACACAUCUUCUUUAUGCAAAUGAUGUACUAAUCUUCUCACAUGUAUCAAUGGCUUUAGCUAAAGCUUUGAAGGGUAUUGUUGAAGACUUUUGCAAAUGGACGGGGCAAAGGAUUAAUGUCAAUAAAUCACAAAUUAUUUUCGGUCAGGUUGUCAGAUACCCUAUGAAGAAGAAGAUUGCUAAAGUUUUUGGCUUCAAAGUGGUCAAGGAGAUGAAUUAUCAUGUGAUAAAGAUUUCUCUUGACAGGUUGAAGGCGGCUGACUUUCAAGAUCUUUUGAGUAAUGUCAUGGAUAGACUCAAUGCUUGGGGUAAGAAGUCUCUAUAUAUGGGUGGUAAGAUCACUCUCAUUACAAGCUCUUUAUUGUCUAUGCUAAACUUUUUAAUUACACAUUCUUUGAUUCCGAAAAGAGUGUUGUAUGCUUUGGAAAAACUGUGUAGAAGUUUCAUUUGGCAUAAACCUGAUGGCAGCCGUAGUAUACAUUAUGUUGCUUGGGAUGAUUUGUACAAACCGAGAAGCAUGGGUGGGCUGGGUUUGCAUUCCCCUAUAAUGUCAGCUCAUUGAGAUCGAAAUUGGCAUGGAACUUUCUGCAGAAAUCGAAUACCUUGUUCCAUAGAUCAAUCAAAGCUAAGUAUGGGAAGGAUGUUAUGAAUGGUACACAUAAGAAAGCUACUUCUAAGGCUUGGCAGAUCUUGCUUGAUGGAGGAAGACACCUUAAAAGUAUUAUCAGAUGGAAAGUAGGCAAUGGUGAUGAGAUUAAUGUCUUAAAUGAUGUUUGGAUACUAGAUAAAUGCAUUAAUCGAUGGCCCACAUUUGUUGAUUGUAAUUCUUUGGAGGGGAUUUAUGUUCAGCAGCUGUUAUUGGAUGAUGGCCAUUGGAAUCUUACCCUGCUUCAGGAAGUCUUUCAUCCAUACCUUAUUGUUUUGAUUAAUCAAAUUCAGAUUGAUUUUAAUAGGGAGGAUCGGGUGGAGCUGCAGAGUUUAUGUUCGGGUAAGACAGUCUCUGCCCUCUCUUAUGAUCAUUUGGUGAAGUGUAGAUUCAAUUUAAAUGAUGAUGGAUAUUGUAAGUGGCUAAACAAACUCAAACUUAACAAGAAGGUGGAGAUGUUCUGGUGGAGACUUGGAAAAUCUGCUAUUCCUAUUAAUCUCUUUCUUAGGAACCGCAUGAUUUCGUCAACUGAUACAUGUGCUAGAGGCUGCCAAGUAGUGGAAAUCUACGAACAUAUUAUGGUCAAUGUAAGUAUUUGGUUGAAAUCAUAAUGCAGGU